AUGGCGUCAAAGAAUCAAUCGGAGUUUCAGGAUUUCUUACCUUUAAUGGCGGAUAAGUUAGGCGGCGAAGGUCUGAUCGGAGAGUUAUGCAACGGAUUUCAGUUAUUGAUGGACGCCGAUAAGGGUGUCAUCACCUUCGACAGUCUGAAGAACAACUCUUCGCUUUUAGGUCUUGAAGAUAUGAGCGAUGAUGAUCUGCGGAGUAUGUUGAAGGAAGGCGAUUUUGAUGGAGAUGGAGCGCUCAAUCAGAUGGAAUUUUGUGUUCUGAUGUUCAGAUUAAGCCCUGAUUUGAUGGAGCAGUCCCAAUUUUUGUUAGAAGAAGCUCUUGAACAUGAAUUCGAUCAAAUGUAA